AUGGGAGUAUCAUUGGCUAACAUAUUCGAAGUGCACCUACUAGAUGAAAAGGAAGCAAGGCAACUUUUCAGAACGCGAGUUGGUGAAAAAAUCAACAAUGGUGGGGAAGUUCAAGAAGAGAUGGAGAAGAGAUUAUUGAAGAAGUGUGGAGGAUUGCCUCUUGCUAUUGUGGCAUUAGCUGAUGUGAUAAAGCAUCAAGAGUUGUAUAUGUGGGAACAUUUUGCAAUUGAACUAGAAAAACCUUUAACAAGUCAAGGCACAAUUAGUGGUGUACACAGUCACACCUACUCCAUUCUAGAAACGAGUUACAAGCUUAUGAAAAGUGAAGCGAAAAAGAGGUUCUUCUUGCUUGCUUGUUUGUUUCCUUUUGGGUCAAGUAUAAAAGUGCAAGAGAUGAUGAGAUAUGGCAUUGGAUUGGGCUUGUUUCAAUAUGUCAACAACCUUACUGAAGCCAUGGAGCUAGCCAACACAUGGGUUGAUGAGCUAAAAUCUUCAUCUUUGCUAUUAGAAGAUGAUGACAAAGAUUGUGUAAAAAUUCAUGAUGUCGUUCGUGCAUCUACUAUAUCAUUGGCAGAAAAAGGCGGGGACAUGUUCUUGAUAGAAGCCUUUCCUAGAUGGUUGUGGCAGGACACUUGCAAAAAGUACUAUGCCAUAUCGUUAAUGUCUGGCACUGAUAACUCUCGUCUAAAUGGAUUCAAUUCCGACAAGCUUCAAAUUCUGAUAUUAGAUGAGAGCAAGCCUCGAUAUGAGGUUCCUGAUAGUUUAUUUGAAGGGAUGACAAAUCUGAAGAUUUUAGUGUUGAGAGGAAUGACAUUUAAACCAAACCUACCAAUAUCUAUAGCAAACUUGAAGAGAAGUCUUAGAACGUUGGUCUUGGAGUACUGCAAGUUGGGAAAUAUUGGUGGAAUCGGUGAGCUGACAAACCUUCUUGUUCUUAGUUUGCGUGGAUCAAGGUUCAAGGAGUUACCUGCAAAGACAAUGAGGAACCUUUGCAACGAAACUGUAGGUUCAGGGGGGUUACCUACUGAUCAUUCUGAUGAUGAUCUUGAUAGUGGAAAGAGUGAUGUCAAUAAAAAAGAUGCACGUUCUAGCAUUGAUGAGUUGAGUGAUUGGAGGUACAUGAAAGUCAUUGAGAUUCAAGUCGAAGAUCCUCAGAAGUUGCCUCAUGACGGAAGAUUUGUCAAAAAUUUGGACCAGUUUCGUGUAUUUGUUGUUAACUUCAAUUAUUCAACCUACGAGCCUGAUAACUUAAUCAAGUUAUCAUCGCUUCAGAUUUCACCAGGAACAUCGGAGCUGUCUUCUGUUAAUGAUCUAACAGUAGACGAACGGGUUGGAUUUGGAGUUGGAUAUAAGGGUGUGAAGCAGCUACUGAUUUCUGAAUGUCAUUCUCUUGUUGAUUGUUUUGUACCAACAAGGACAGUGUUACUGAAUUUGGAAUAUCCAUCACUCUACCACUUGGAUUCUUUGAGGACUAUAGUCCGCCAUCCACUUCCACAUGAUAGGAUCGAGAAUGAGAAUGAUCAAGUAAUGAAUAUCUCAAACUAUAAUCCAGAAACCACCAUUGGGGCUCAUUGUGUUCAUGAGAUGCCUUUGCUAAGAGUUUUGCAACUCUCAGGGCUGGAGAAACAUGAAAGCAUAUUAGGAGUGCCAAAUCCACUGGAGGCAGUGGAAUUGAACAAUUUAAAAAGCAUUCCAACACUAUGGGAUGUCAGAUUGAGGGAAACUUGCAAGAUUCAGGUGGAAGAGAAGAGAUCAGCAAAGGCGAGAUCAAAGAGACUGCAAAUAUUCUCAAAUCUCAGGCACUAUGGUAGGAAAGGAGGUGCCCUAGAUGUCUUCUUCAGAUCUUCAGUUGCUCAUAGAGGAUCAACCGCAUCAGACGGCGACGACAAACUAGAAGUUGAAGAAGUUGAAGGAAAUGAAGGAGGUCAUGAAUGA